AUGUUCAACACUUAUGUAGAUGAUAUCUGCGUUGGGGGAGACACAAUAGACGAAGUAAUCGCACUCCAAACCGAUUUAAUUAACGUACUACAAAGGGCAGGAAUGAGCUUAAAAAAGUGGUCAAGCAAUACCGUCGCGGUGUUAGAUAGGGUACUCCCUGAAGAUAGGGCCGGCGGGAUGUUGUCUUUUGACGAUGACACUCGGAGCGGUUCCAAGGUACUAGGGCUUCAGUGGUCACAACGCGAUGACACAUUUUUAUAUAUUGUUCAACCUGAACGUUUAGUUUCAACUAAGCGGGGUAUGCUGUCGCUAAUUGCCCGCAUAUUCGACCCGCUUGGUCUAUUAGCGCCCGUGAUAUUUUUUGCAAAACAAUUAAUGCAACGAGUAUGGCAACUUGGUAUUUCAUGGGAUGACCCGUUGCCCCCUGAAAUAGUCGACGUGUGGAAUAGGUUCGUUACAGAUCUCCCCGUGUUACAACAAGUAACUAUUCCCCGUUUCAUUGGUACUCAGCUUGGCGUACAAGGUGUUCUAUGUGGUUUCUGUGACGCGUCCGAGAAGGGCUAUUCUGCGGUCGUUUAUUUAAGGUUAUCUAACCAAUCCGGACCACCAUUAGUGUCAUUGUUAGGUGCUAAAACCAAAACAGCUCCCCUCAAGGCGUCGACAAUUCCACGGUUGGAACUAUGUGCGGCGGUCUUACUCGCUCGGUGGAUGGUUCGAAUUAAGACCGCGUUAAACAACAAAGUUAAAAUAGUUAACUUAUAUGCAUGGUCAGACUCGACUACUGUACUUAGUUGGCUGAAGGUACCACAUGAAAAAUUUAAGGUUUUUGUUUCAAACCGUAUACACAAAGUGACAACGUUACUACCCGACUGUCACUGGGAUUAUAUAUCGUCGCUUAAUAACCCGGCAGAUUGCGCGUCGCGAGGCAUUUUCCCUACGGACUUAGUCCAUCAUAAAUUAUAUUGGUAUGGGCCCGAAAUUCUAUAUCGUGAUGUGCUCGAUGGGCCGGCGUUAAGUCAGGACAUCAAUCUCAACAAUUUACCGGAAUUAAAAACCGUGUCGCCAGCGACGUUAGUGACUAAGACAAGUGAUCCCCCCGAACCGGAAUGGUACUCACGUUUUUCCUCAUAUCCUCGUAUGAUACGUGUUGUAGCUUAUGUGUACCGUUUUAUUCAAAUUUGUAAGCGUCGUCAGAUAAUCUUAGCUCCAUUUUUAACUCGCGUCGAAUUGGACCACGCCGCCGUGGUCAUCGCUAAAUGCUCACAACGCGUUACGUUAGGUAAACUACUUCACGACCUGUUACACAACCGUCCGAUUAGCGUUGGACCUGUAGCUCGUCUCCGCCCGUUCAUAGACCAACGCGGUCUCAUUUGUGUUGGCGGCCGCCUGUCAAAUGCAGAUGUGCCGGAGACACAAAAACACCCAAUCUUACUAGGCAAGACGUCGCAUUUAUCCAUUUUAUUGAUUCGUCAUUGGCACGAAGUUACCGGUCACGGUGGACCGAGAAUAUUAACAUCUCUUAUUAACCAGUCCUACUGGAUUCUAUCACUUAAUACGCUUAUUAGGUCUGUCCUUUGUAAAUGUGUCACUUGCGUCCGCCUAGCGUCAGUUAAUCCGCAACCCAUCAUGUCUGACUUACCUACGUCUCGGGUGUCCGAAUGUCAUCCGUUUUCGCGUGUCGGAAUUGACUUCGCCGGUCCUAUUGUAAUGACUGAACACCGUUUACGCAAGGCCCGUCAGUUCAAGGUAUAUAUUGCCGUAUUUGUAUGCUUCACGGUAAAGGCUGUACACCUUGAAUAUGUGUCUGAUUUGUCGACGGAUGCGUUCUUAGCAUCGUUACAACGAUUCGUCGCACGUCGCGGACUCCCUACGGACAUUUACACCGAUUGUGGUACAAACUUUGUCGGGGCAUCAAAUCAACUACGUACGCUUGUCAAUAAUUCCGGUUUUAAGGACCAUCUCAUUUCCCAUUUCCACUGCACUUGGCAUUUUAAUCCCCCCGGUGCACCCCAUUUCGGAGGGUUAUGGGAAGCGGCUGUGCGUUCGGCAAAACGUUUAAUGACACGCAUUAUGGGAGAACAUACUUUCUCCGUUGAGGAAUUGAGCACAAUGUUGUGCCGCAUAGAGGCUAUUUUAAACUCUCGCCCUUUGGUUCAACUUUCGUCCGACCCGACGGAAUACGAUUGUCUUACCCCAGGGCAUUUUUUAAUAGGCCGCCCGCUACUCUCGAUCCCUGAAGUGAAUAUAGUUGAUACGGCGCUCCCUUUAGCUCAACGCUGGAAAUUGAUAAAUCAAUGCGCACAGUCUUUCUGGCACCGCUGGCGCAAUGAAUAUUUAAAUACUCUCCAAAUGCGGAAUCGUUGGACGACCGAUGUGCCCAACAUUUCUAUCAACGAUAUGGUUAUUGUUAAAGAACCUAACGUUCCCCCGUUACGAUGGCUUUUACUUUUACAUGAAACAUAUCUUACUCGAAUUCAUGUAACGGUCGGCCUGCUGGCCACCUCUGCUAUAAGUUAUACGUUCAAAAUGAAUGAUUUCCACGGAUUUUAUUUUGCUCCACCGUUCUAA